AUGGCUUCUAAGAAGUUGGGCUCCGACUCUCAUGGGCCCUUCAGUUAUCUUGAUGAUGUCCCAUUUAAGAUAGGAGACAAAUUCAAAACCCCAGCGAAGGUUGGGUUACCCAUUGGUUUCUGCCUGCCUGAUUCUUCUCAGCUUGUCAGAGAAGCCCAGUAUGACUUCUCACUUGAAAAGAAAACAAUUGAGUGGUCUGAAGACAUCAAAAAAAUCCAAGCUGCCCAGAGGGAAGCUGAACGCAAGGCAGAAGCAGAAGGACUAGCGAGCUCAAAAUCAGCUCCAGAGGACAGCAACAAGAUGGGAUUCUCAGAGGGACCUUGCCCUGAGGCCAUGCCUCCUCCUAUCAACCCUGUUCUUGCUAGCCUGCAGCACAAUAAUAUCCUUACUCCUACACCAGCCAACAGCAGCGCUGUGAAGCAGAAGAUUCUCAGUCCACCUCGUCCAAAAGCAGACUUCAACCCGGCUGAUUUCGAAUGUGAAGAAGACCCAUUUGAUAAACUGGAAUUAAAAACUAUCGAUGAUAAGGAGGAAUUAAAAAAUAUUCUUGAAAUUCAUGUUGGUACUACUGGGCCAAUUGUUGCCCAGCUGUUAGAUAACACCUUGCCCAAAGGAGGGUCUGAGUCUGUGCUGCAAGAUGAGGAAGUUCUGGCAUCCAUAGAAAGGGCCACAUUGGACUUCAAGCCCCUUCACAAACCCAAUGGCUUUAUCACUUUACCGCAGUUGGGAAACUGUGAAAAGAUGUCCUUGUCUUCCAAAGUGUCCCUGUCCCCUAUCACUUCAGUGAGCAAUAUCAAAUCCCUGUCCUUUCCUAAACUUGACUCCGAUGAGAGUGAUCAGAAAUCAUCAAAGCUCACAAGCACUUUCCAUAGCACUACCUGUCUCCGCAAUGGCACUUUGCUCAGCUCUUUGCAGACCUGUGCCCAGAGCAAAGCUAGUGAACUGAAUGGACACCACGUGGUUGGUUUUUCUGCUCUAAAUGAGGACAGUAGCAUGGAGACAUCAACAUUAUCCUCUUCAUCCAGGCUGCCUUCCCUGGCUGUGUCAACAGUUUGUACAGAAGAACCACCUCAAAGCACAGCGACUACGGUACACCCAGACUACAAGGAAACAGAAAUCCCUGUGGUAACACACCAAAAUUUCCCAGUGUCUAAAGUGCCCAAUAACACCAGCCGUGCAAAGUGGCCGGGUGGCCCCUCUCCAGAGCUACAGCAGGCGCUCUCUGCUAGCGAGAGGCAGUGCAUAGAAACAGUUGUGAACAUGGGGUACUCACCUGAGAACGUCCUGAAAGCCAUGAAGAAGAAGGGACAGAACAUAGACCAGGUUCUGGAUUACCUGUUUGCACAUGGACAGCUCUGUGAGAAGGGUUUUGAUCCACUUCUUGUUGAAGCAGCUUUGGAAAUGCAUCAAUGUUCAGAGGAGAAGAUCACAGAACUCCUCCAGCUAAUGAGUCAAUUUAAAGAAAUGGGCUUUGAACUAAAAGACAUUAAGGAAGUCUUAUUAUUACAUAACAACGACCGACACAACGCUUUGGAAGAUCUAAUGGCUCGCGCAGGAGCCAGCUGAAAACACAUUCCUGGAUUCUUGGCGUGCAGCGGAGCAGGGCCAGCCCUGCCACCUCCACAUCCAGUGUGACUUGCUCUCUGCAGGAGGGAGCCCGGCUUUGCACAUGCAGGGGAGAGUGACUGAGCAAGCCCGCCCGCGUGCAUCACUCUAGCAUUUCUCUUUCCACUGAAAGCCGACUUUCUUUCUUAAAUUAAAUUUUUAAAGUGUCCUUUCCUAAGUUUCCUUUUUCCAGCUUGGCCACGGAGAGUUUAGGCUGCCCAGCCUCUACUGGAAUUGUACAUAGGUAGAUACAGGAGUGGUUUCCUC